UGCUUCAUAUAAACAAUGCACAGUUUGUUUUAUGAUUUGGCUCAUUAAAUUAAAUUUUUACAUUUUACUUCGCAAAACAGGAAUGACUGUUGGAAGGGAUUUGAAGGGAGAACAUAAUAAUGUAGUGGCAGUUAUCGGCGACGGCGCCAUGACUGCCGGACAAGCUUAUGAAGCCAUGAACAAUGCUGGUUAUCUUAAUUCUGAUAUGAUUGUUAUUCUGAAUGACAAUAAUCAAGUCUCUCUACCAACUGCUGAUCUUGAUGGUCCAAUACCACCUGUUGGUGCUUUGAGCAAAACUCUUAGUAGAUUACAAUCAAACAAACAUCUUAGAGAACUUAGAGGUUGCCAAGGGAGUAACUAAACAAAUUGGUGAGCCUAUGCAUGAAUUUGCUGCAAAAGUUGAUGAAUAUGCUCUUAACCUAAUCAAAGGUUCUGCAUCAACACUAUUCGAAGAUCUUGGAUUUCGCUAUAUUGGUCCUAUUGAUGGCCAUAACAUUGAUGAUCUUGUUGACAUUCUCAAACAAGUUAAGAGUCCUAAGAAAACUGGUCUUGUAUUAAUUCAUGUUGUCACUGAAAAAGGCCUAGGAUAUCCAUAUGCAGAAAAAGCAGCAGACAACUACCAUGGUAAAAUAAGCAUUAACAUAUGGCAGUAGAAUUUUGGAGUUGUGUUGCCUUGAUUAUUGAGGCAUUAAGUUUCAGUUGUGUGGUAAUUGAAACUAUAGUUGUAUCUUGACUUUUUUUCAUGGCAUACCUUAUGCCCAUUUUAAUAAAUUGAAACUAUAGCAUAUCUUGAA